AUUCUUGUAUAUCUUUACAACUGUUUUUAUUGUGUCAAUUUUAAAAGCUUCAAAUUCGUAUUGUAGUGGACCUACUAUUUUAUUCUUGAGGGCAUUAUGAUCGCUCUCCAGUGAAUCCAGAGUUGCCUGAAUCUUAUCCAGCUGUUCCUUGUUCCUGUCAGUUUUCUCAAUCAACUCGUCAAUAAUUGACCCGAAUUCUGUUCCGUCCCAGUCGUAGUUCAACAUUCUUCUGUAUGUAAUAUCAUAUGUUUAGCUUCCUCUGACACUUCCUCAGGCUCCUCCUUCUUAUUCCACUUAUGGGCAACUACAUGUUUAGCUGUUGUACAGCCGCCAGAUAUAAGCCCUAUGAAUGGGAUGUUGGGGGAUAUCGUUCUGGUUAGAUAUGCUACGUCAUCCUUCAGAAGCUUGUCACUAAGUAGUUCCUCUGACAGUUUCUCUGAAGAUUCCACUGCACCAAAACUUCCUAAUACAGAAGCAAACUUUGAAAUAAUAAGCGUUGAUAAGAAGUCACUUGCACAUGACAUCCUCUGACUUUCGUACUCAUGGUACAGUCUAUCUACGACAUCCUUGUUAGACUUUCUUAUAAAACUUGCGGACUUCUCUAUUAUACCGUCCCUCGAUAGCUCUAUAAGUUUGUCCCUUUUGCUUUCAGUUUGCGACUUAUCUGCGGUGGACUUAGUUUUUCUUACUUUCUUCGCGGCACCUUUGCGGCCUCCUCUACUUCUCUUACAGCCUCAAAUAUUUCUUCAUCAGAUUCAGUUCCCAUCAUCUAUAUUUUACGCGGUGUUUAGUUUAACAGUGUAUGUGUAAGGGUGAAUAAGUAGUACGUCCAGUGCGGUGAACUUCUCAUCUUUUAAUAUCCUCGUAAUCUCUGUAAUUGUCUCCUGGGGAACACCACUUAGGUAAUCAUCUGUUAUGACCUUCAUAUCCCUGCGACUAGGGUUGUAGAAUGUAACUAGCCUGGAAAUGUUCUCCCUAAAUGGUUUUGCUACUGAUGACAAUUGUUGGGUAAUUACAAUGACAGAUAUGUUGUAAUGUCUUGCAGAGAAUGCUAAGCGCACCAGUUCUGAGACUCUUUUCUUUACAUCUUGACUUGCCGCAUAAUCGUCCACUAUAAUGAGAGUCUGAGUACCGCGGAAUAUGGUGGACACUGCCUUGAGAACAAGAUCGAUCAUUUCUUGUGAGUAUGGAAUUUGUAUAACUCCGUGAUCACUAAUAUGAGUCCAAUUAAUGUAAGUCAUAUUCCACUCUAUGGUUGGACAUAUAAUGACAAUGUAAUCGAAUACUCUAUUGUACUCUGUUUCUAGCAUAUUUAGUAGGAACUGAGUUUUUCCACUUCCAGUCAUUCCUACUAUGAGCAUGUUGAAUGGUUGCAUCUCUAUGCUUUACCGUUAUUUAUUCUUUACCGUAUUGAAUACUUGAUAGAUCUCUAUUUGCGAAGUUAAGGAGAGCAUCUGAUACAACAAAAAUGUUGCACUGAACGUCAGCUGUUGUGGCUCUUUUUUGAUUUCCAGGAGUACUCCCGACUGUGUGUUAACAAUCUUCUUACCUCCACCAGUGGUAUCAUCUUGUGUUGACCUAAGAUCGAUUACUAGAGCAAAACCAUUGGUGAAAAACUUGCUGAUGGACAUAAAUUCGUCAGCCAUUGAUUUCUCACACAUAGGGCAGAAGAAUCUUUUUGCCUCUUCGAAGAACCUAUUUUUAUGAAGUCCCUGGGAGAAAACUGCAUUAGGCACACCUUCAAUGGUCAGGUUCACUUUAUCAAUGUUUGGGUAAAUAUACUCUUCAGAAUCAGUUCUCACUCUGUUGGUAAAUAGAAGGACAAUUGCUGACAUGCUCUUUCUGGGGAUAUUAAUGUUCUCGUUAACAAUAGUAAGAUCCUUGUCCCAGUUACUUGUACGCAUAAGUGUAACAUGUUUGUAGGACAGUGAGCGGCCUGUUGAAUACAUCCUUGAUACUUCACUUGCAAGGGUGUCAUUCUCAAUGGUCUCGUAUUCUAACUCAAGAUUAUCAAGUUUAAAAUUACCCUUAGCUUUACCUCCUUGGGCAGUCAUAAUCUCAUCUGAUUGCAGGAGUGUGAGGAUGUACAUAGGAUUGUUAUUCAUGGAGAACGGUGUGUAGAGUCCAUGGUCUGCAAUUAUUUUAUCAAUUGGUUUCCUCAGCUUAGAACCGUACACACUGUGGAGAAGUGCAUCUGCUACUUUAUUGGCAUCACCUACCUUUACACCUGAGUCAUCACCUGAUAUUAACUUCCUAAGAUUCUCACUUGCAAGACCCUGUUCUGUCAUCUUCUUCCUGCCACCUAGUGUUAGCCAUAGAUCUUUGUAUACUUCAUACAAACUCUCUCCUGAACAGUCAUAGGCUGUUUCACCUGCUACUUUAAUCUGAAGACGUUUAGCUAUCAACUUAGACAGGUUGUUAUUAAAGCGGCUUUUUGUAUUGGAAUUUUUGAAGUCAAAUAAUAGUGCAAGUGAUCAUGGGGCUAAACAAGAGUCAGGCUUUAGUUUGGGGAUGUUAAUGUACAGCUCUUCACCUGGGCUAAUGGUUGUUGGAUUAAAUGUUACAACACUUCUAGUUAUGGGACCCUUUACGGAUGUCAUACGGCUCCUCCUGAAGCCAGGCUGGAGUUCUCUUUCUGUGGUAUUCAUACUUGUAUACAAUAUGUAAUGUUUAGUUGUAUUUGUAUAGUAAAACUACUGCUGCACAAACAAUGAUUAUCCAUAUAUUAUCCGCUGCUAACUCUACUCCAUCAGCUAUCUUCUGGAAUACAGGUGGUAGUUCUAUUUGGUGGUUUACCAACUCACUGAUCCGCUUAUCGAGCUUUUCUGUUGUGUCACCUACUUUCCACAAUAUGUUUCUAGUUGAUGCUACCAGUCCUAUGAUUACAGCUGAUGAGGAAAUUAGGACAGCUGAUAAGAUGCCUGCAUUCUCCCUUGCCCAUAACCUGAGCCUCUGCAGUCUCCUACGAUCAUCCCGUUUAAUGAGAUCCCUCUUUUUCACUUUAUCUCUUAAGUUGAGAAGUUUAUUUAAGUUUGACUCUCUUUGGUAAUCAUUUGAUAGCAUUCUGACGUAUCUCAGUUCUUCCGACUUUUCUUUGAAACUAUCUUCGUCCAAAUUCGAUAGUAUUAUUUCAUUUAACAGUCUGUCUCCCCUAUCCAUUAGAUCAUCGUAUGACAGAUUAGAUAGGUCAGGGAAUUUCUCAGCUAAUUGCUCUCUCGUAAGGUCCUUGCUCAAUAUUUUUCUCCUCCUCAGUUCCUGUACGUAAUUAAUUUCCUCGUUAAUAUCCUGGGUCUCCUCAGUAGUUUCGCUUUCCCUAAGAUCCUUGUCAAGGUACGGUAAUUCGCUAUCUAAAGUUUCUAUAUCCAUUUCUUCAUAGUUUGGAUACUUUUCCUUCAACUCCUCCAUUUUCUGGUCAUCGUAUUCCUCUUGGUGUUCCUCCAUAGCUAAUUUACUUUGUGUAAUAGUUGUAUACCAUUAAGGCUGCAGCUAUAGCUAGUACCCACAAGUGUGACGCUAACCAGGCAAUUCCUUUGGCUCCCCACGACAGCGCCGUUGCAAUGGUGUUCAGGAUUGGAACUAGAAUUGGUCCUGCUUUCUUUGCUAAAUUUGCUAAUGCUUUUGCUACUUUACCAGUGGCCUUUGCUGUCUUCACAAUGGCUCCCCUAGCAUGGAUUAAUAAGGCUGUAAUUAAACUAGCUGUUGAUACUGCUAUCCCUACAAGUCCCACCUUUUCCUCCCCUAACCAUUUCACAAAUCUGCAUAAUCUAGAAAUAUCUUCCAACUGUGCCUCUCUUGCUUCCUCUACUGUUCUCUGCUCUAGUGUCCUAUCCCUAGCUUCCUUCAAACUGUCAAUUCUUUCUAUAAGAGUAUUAUACUCAGUUGUACCUUCCGCAGAGGUGGCGCGUUCCACGGUUUCACCAAUAGCUUCAUUAAAGUAGUCAGCCUGAACUUGUAACGCUCCACUGGGACCUGUUCUGCCUUCUAUGCUUGAUCCAUCAGGUGGGUGGUACUAAGAACACCUCUCAGUUCAUUGUUUUCUUGCAUUGUUAGCCCUGGAGGAUCUCCUAGUUUUGCACUUAUGUCUAUUAACUCAAUGUUCUCACGGUCAGCGAAUUCCUCACUACUUUCAUCGAAUUGCGGCUCUUCUUUAGUAUCCUCGUAAAUUGAUUCAUCACUUCCAAUUAUAUUGUCAGGAUUCGUAGGUACCUCUUUUAUUUUCUUUAGAAGGUUCUUAUAUUCUCUCAGAGCAGGUGAGUCCUUUGAGUACACUAGAUUCUUGGUCUUACCACGUUUCAUUAUUUGUGUCCCACUUUUAUCAAUACCUUGUUCACUUCUAAAUACCAACACCUCUGUGCCAUCCUUAAGUGUUCUUACAGAUGAUCGUUUGAUGAGUUCCCUGACAUAUUUAUUCUUAGGGUCUAGUAUUAGUCCCUCCUUACCCUUGAUAACUCUUGUGACAGCUUGAACACGCUCCACUUGGUUUUCAAAGUCUCUCUUUUUAUUUACUGUUGAAAUCUUAUUUAGUUUCUCCAGGCGGGCUUCUAUUUCGUCCCAGUCAGCAUCAAAUGAUUCGUUGAAUGCAUCUAGCACAUCUGGAAGUACAUUGUUUGGGUCUUCCACAAAGUUGACUUCUGGGACGGUUGUACUUCCUGAUGGACCUGAAAUGUUCACUGUACCAUCAUUACCUUCGGUGAAAGUUGUUUCUGCUAUUGCACGUCUCUCCAUGAGAUUCUUUACAUAGUCCAGUUCACUUUUAAGAUCAGUUAUUACUAUAGGGUCAUCACCAUACAUAGCCUCUCCCUUCACCUUUGUAUCUAACCUACUAAAAGCUGUCGUUAGGUCAUCAUAAUUAAGGUCGUCAUAUUGAGGAUAACUUUUUUCUGUCUCCUCCAACUCAAUAUCAUCGUAGUCCUCCAUAAUACUUUAACCUAUGUUAGGGACUUGAUGUCUCCAGCUGGUAUCCAACUGUUAAAUUUGUCAUCAUAACCUAACCACUUAACUAGGGCCAUCUUUUUACCCUUCAAUGUUCUUCUCCUUAGUACUUUAUCUAUUCUGAAAUCAGGUUCUCUUCCUUCAGCGCUAUACAGUUCUUGUUCAUAGAAUCUACCAAUUAUUGGUUCAUCAGCACUGUCUUUUAUUGUGUACGUGUUUGGAUGACCGUGAUACACUUCCGUCACAGUGAACAACUCCUCUGUGAAAUUUGCUUCGUACCCUUUUGUGAACACUGAUUUGUACUUUGAAAUUCUAACACUUUCUCCGACAGCAAACUUUGGUUCUGACGGCUUGCCUAAAUUGUGACUAAAAAGUGUCUUCCAUACUUCAGUCCAAUUGGACUCAUUUACACUGUCCGGUGUUGUUUUAAUUGAUCUGUUCACUGAACUGUUGUAAUUAUCAGUUAAGUCUUGAAGGACGUCUAACCAUUUAUAUGUACUAGCACUGUAGAAGUACUUCCACAUUAGCGCUUUCAGUGUUCUGUUAAACCUUUCCACAACUGCAGCCUUUUUGUCUGAGUAAGUAGAGAAAAAUUCAAUGUUAUGUUUAUUAAGCAAUGACUUUACAUCUUUGUUGUAGAACUCUGUGCCUUGAUUGAACUGUGCGAAUUUUGGGUAUUUACCAAAACGAUUAUUAAAUUGCUCUAAAAUGUUACUGACUGCGUCCUUCAUUGAUGUCGCGUUUUUCCUAUACACUGGUACUGUGAAUGCGUACCUACUUAGUAUUUCGAUUGAUGUGAGAAUCCAUCGGUAUCCCUCGUUCUUGUCAUCAUAUUUUGUCAUGUCAACUAAAUCCAUUUGUAACUGUUCACCUAAAGUCUGGACGUACGUCUGUCUGAACUUAUGUUUCCUAAAUACUUGUCUGUACCUAGUGUAUGUGUCUUGCUCGUUUAUCCAUUUCUUGACCUGGUUUCUGGUUACUUUAAGUCCGUCUGAUACUGCUCUAAGAUAUAGUUUCUCUGGUGUUUGGAAUCCAGUCUUAGGAUUGUAGUAAAUAUCUCGUAGUCCUUGUUCUUUCAUAAUAUCAUCAUCCAUCUUAUAUUAACUAAUGUAAGCCAUCUACUCAAGGUACAUCUCGAUAAGCACUUCACCUAUAUCAAUAGGUUUCCCGUCUUGACCUGUCAUGUGGAAUACAAGUUCUGAGAAGGAACCCUUAAUAACUGAAAUCCUACUUUCAACAUCAAUGUAACUAACUACCGAGCCUAAUAAUGGUCUGUCAGUUGGAACUGUAACACUUGUUAUUACAUCGCUGGGUCUUCCCCAAGGGUUAACGUUGUAACUGUUACUAACUAGAUUGCAGUGUAUAUUUACACAUCGUAGACCGUUAUUAAAGUCAACUUUGCUAUCACUUGUCAAACUCCUCCCUUUUAGUAGGAUCAUAGGAUUAAAAAAUCUAUUAAAACCUAACAUGGUCAGUAAUCGUGUUUCUAUUGUGAUAUCUUGUUUUACUGCUUCUAUUUGACAUCCAGCUGUUUCAACAAAGUAGGUUAGCUUAACACCAUGUCUUUCAAGUAACUUCUUCAUACUGUCAAAUGUGUAGUAACCUUUAUUAACAAUUACAUCAGAUUCUCCAUCAUCUGUUUUCACUUUGAGAAUAGUUGUUGGUUCCCUUAUGUUGAAGUACUCCCAGAAAACUGAUACUCUCUUCACAAAGACUGAUUUAUAGUUGCUUGUUAGAACUGAGUUCUGUAGUGAUACAACUGUGUGCGAGCUCUGGAGUAAAAUUGUGAACUUCAUCUUAAUAACAUACGCUAGGUUAUUAAGAAUGAGACUAGGUGGAGGACAAGUUGGUAAGUCGCCGUAUCGGUCGUAUCAGGACUUUGAAAAAAAGUAUGGAAAGGAAGACGAUGAAAAUCAUGUUGAUCCUAUUGCUGGUAAAAAUGCAGAGAAUGCCGAGAGGGCUAAAUUUAUUAAAAAGUCCCCUCACGCUGACAUGAAUAGAUUUAAAUUUGAAGCAAAGGCUACUAGUAGUGGUGAUAUAGGAGUUAUCACUUGGUUUGUUGAUUUAGAUGGUAUAUCUUCAUAUGACAUUAGAUAUGACGGUUUUAAGAAGGAUAAGGAGUUUACAUCUUAUCUCACUAGUACUAAGGAAAUUAUUACUCCAGUACAAUUCAAAACUAUGACUGACAUGGAUCAACCUCCACUAGAAGUAAUAACAACCAAGUGGCCUUCAAUAUGGUCCAGUGGUGGUAUAGUUCAGAAGAUAAGUUUUACUGAGGGUGAUCCUGUUACUGGAAAGUAUCCUCCUAUUACAAAAAUUAAUCCUAUCUCCAACUUUAAGGUUUAUGUUAGUAAUAGUGAGUUUUUCUAUAGUAACCUUCCUAAGAUUAGUGAUUUUAUUAGUAUUUAUAAUGUUACACCAAAGUUUAAUAGAGAGUUGUCGUAUUAUGCUGCAAUAUGUGGAACUUAUGUAGCUACGUAUCUAUGUGGAGUCUCUACUUAUCAUACAAGUCCUCAUAGUAAUGUAAAUCCUAUUAUCACAUCUAUUAUGAACUUUCACGUGUACUUAUGGAUUAGAAGGUUUAUUAAAAAUCCUAGUUUACUUCAGCAGUAUUCCAAUAGGUUAAAGGUAAUAUCUGGUAAUAUUCCUGUUAAGGGUCAGUGGGAGGUUGAUAAGUUUAGUGAUAGUCGAGCAUCUAUUGGAAUUGUGUAUAGGAAGUUUAGAAACGAGCAUAGAACUGUUAGAAAUGUUAGGUAUGCUAAAAAUACAUCUGGAAUGAUAGUUGGGAUUAGUUAUGAUGAGCUUACAGGUAUGUCUUCCCUUGCUAGUCUAAAUGAUUAUAUGAGGUAUUACGCAAACAAAAGUGUGGGUCUUGUUGCUACCUCACUUUUACAGGAAAGCUUGCAAUGUUAUGUAUACUGUGUCCUUGGAGCUCAAGCUAAUACUCGGUGGGCUAUAGUAAACCGUGGAACCUCCUCUUUACUGUCUCAAAAAGGAUUCCGUAAACUUGUAGAAGAUGUUGUAGUUCAAACUGAUAUUUCAGUUGGAAUCACUAAUAUGAGAACAGCAAUUAGAGAUACUAACGCAACAGUAAAUACAGCAAUAAAUCCUGACAUUAUUUUAUUUCCAUCAAAUUUGGUAAUAUUAAAGGAUCCUAUUCCCGGUUAUAAUAAUAUUCUACUUAAACCUAACUCUAGUGUUAAGUUUGGUGUAAAUACUAAAGUAAAUUAUGUACGUGUUAAGAAAGCUGAUCCUCCAAAGAAGCAACAUCAGGAUACAACACCUGUUAAUCACCUUGAUACUCUUAGUGGAUACGUAAAACAACAGAUUAAACCUAGAGAAAACAACUCCUUUCGUAGAACUAUGGUUAACAGUAAUAAGUCUUCGGAAGUUAGCGCUAUUGCUGGGGCUGGAAUUGGUGCUACAGUUGUAUUUAUUAUAAUGAAAAUGUUUUUGUAAACAUUAUGUAUGUUAUAAAAUGGCUCUCUAUAGGGGAUACAACAAAGGAGUAAAUAAAGUUGACCCAUCAAGUGGUAGUGUGUUUGAUAAGGAUGGAUUUACCAUGAAGGGUGACAUUGAGAUGGAUGGUAAUGAGGUGAAAGGUUUAGGUGCUCCUACAGAUGAUACGUCUGCGGUCACAAAAAAGUGGGUGGAUGAUGAGAUCAUUAAACAGGCUGCUGUUACAAUUCAACCAGCAGGGUUUACAAUGACUGGAGAUAUUAACAUGGGAGGUAAUAAGAUAACUAAUCUUGAUAAUCCUACUAAUCCAGGUGACGCUGCUAGUAAGAGUUGGGUUGAAGGUAGUCGUGUAAGUUUACCCGGUCUUACUCUUACAAAUGAUCUUAAUAUGUCAACCAAUGAAAUAAAGGCUUUAGGUGAUCCUACAACUGGAAAGUCUGCCGUUAGUAAGGAUUGGGUUGUUGGAAUGUUAAAUAAACCUGUAUCUGGACUUGAUAUUGCUGGCGAUAUUGAUAUGAAGAAUUAUGAGAUUAAAAAUCUUAAGGAUCCCUCCGAAGAUCAGUCUGCUGUUAGCAAGGGAUGGUUUAAUUCAAACACUAACAACUUCCUUAAGCUGUCUGGGGGUAAUAAUCAGUUUAUCCGAGGUAGUGUUCUAUUUGACGAAGUUCCACAUACAAGUAAAGAUGCUUCCACUUCUAGCGGUCUAAUAAGAAAAGGCCUUCUGGAUAAAAGGCUGGCCUAUUACGUUCAUCGUAACGGUUUAAAUACAAUGACUGGUAAUCUUAAAAUGGGUGGAUAUGAAAUCACAAGUCUUAAGGAUCCAACUACUGACCAGUCUGCAGUCACAAAAAAAUGGGCCACCGAUAAUAAUUUUGUUAAUCUUGGAGGUUGUAUGUUGGCUGAUAUAUCAAUGGCUGGAUUCAGACUUUUCGGACUACCUGACCCAAAAAUUGAUAAUGAAGCCGUUUCUAAAAAGUGGUUCACUGACUUUAUAUCAAAUGGGCGUAAACAAAGGGAAACUCGGGCAGGGCUUACAUUAACAGACAGCAUUGAUAUGGGAAAUAAUGAGAUAGUAAAGUUAGGUGAUCCAACAACUGAUAAUUCUGCUGUAUCCAAAAAGUGGGUAGAGGAUAAUAUUAGCGGUGGUAGAAGAAAGCGUGAGACUUACAGUGGGCUUACCCUAUCUGAUGACCUUGACAUGAAUAACAAUGAAAUAAUAAAAUUAGGUGCUCCAACUACUGAUAAUUCAGCUGUGUCUAAGAAAUGGGUCACCGAUCACGUUAGUGGAAGUUCAAUUAGUAGUAGCGGAUUUACUAUGAGUGGUAAUAUUGACAUGGGGGGUUAUAGUAUUACAGGUCUCAAGGGUGGAUCAGUUGGGGAUACCAGUGCACUUUCCGCAAAUACUAUAUACUCCUGGUGUAAACAGUUCCUGAAGCGUAAUGGUGGUACUCUAGAUAGUAAUCUUGACGUUAACGACUAUGAGUUAACUAGAGUAGGCAAUCCUACAACUGACGGUUCAGCUGUCAAUAAAAGGUGGGCAACUGAUGAGUUCAUGAGUAGUAGAGGUGGACUGGUAAAGGGUGAUCUGGAUAUGGGAGAUUCAAGUGGUAUUCUUGAUCUAAAGGAUCCGGUAAAUGAUAAGGACGCAGUUAACAAGCAAUGGGUAGAAAAGAAUUUCCUAAAACCUUCCUCAGGUCUUGUCCAAGCAGUGGCCGAUAAGAGAUACGUAAGAAUAAACCGUCACAUUCACGCAGAGUGGAUCUGGGGUUAUCGUGGCGUAUCAGUUGCAGCAACAAGGUACUAUGCUUACUGUCACGACCAGAUUCCACCUUCAUGGAGAACAGAUCCUAUUAAUAAUAUGACAGACCUCAACCUUGAAUCAAUUACUAUUAAAUCAGAUUUUCCUAAUUUUUCAACCAUUCAAAAUAUACCACUAGCUCUAAUCCUGUGGGCUACUGUAUGGGAAAAACAAUCUAAUGGAAAAUAUACACAGGUUAAGAAGGAAAUUACUCUGAGAACAGUAGACUUAAGAAAACUGUCACAUACUUGGUUUAAUGGAACUUACACAACUACAGGUGGAAGUACAGCUUGCUACGUUUUCAAGGGUAAUAGUAUGUUCUAUUUAGGAAAUCAGGUUGAGCUGGUAGAUAAUACGCUGGCCUGGUGUAUUAUAGUUAAACCGGAACACUCAAUGCCAACUGGUUCUAGUAUGGACAUGUCUUUUUGCUGGUCACUUCGAUACUCAGGGUCGGGUGCUUAACAUGUGUUGUAUCAUAAAGUAUCAUGUCAAAGUGGCGCUCAUGCUUCUCCUGUUUGGGUAAUAUCUGUGGCUGUCGUAGGAGGUCUAAUAAAAAUGGGAAGGUUGGUGAUAUAAAUUUCUCUGUAUCCAAUAAUAUUAACGUUGGAGUAACCACACAGGGUAAAAAGGAUGACACCAAUAGUGUAUCCGGACUGCAAGGGCCCCCUGCCUUGUGUACCCUCAUGGAGGAAAUAAAAGAUGUUGAAAAGGCUUUGGAAUAGGAAGGUUGGAUGAUAUUGGGAAAGUGUAGGAUAAUCGUAUUAGAGUCUCAGCUGAGAUAAGUUAAAUGAAAAACAAGAAUAGCAGUUUCACAUUCUAAUAAAUGAUUUUAAUAUAAUAAAAAUAAAUUCUUUUAAAUAAAGAUAAAAAAACUAGUGGUCUAGAAAAAUUGGGAAUGGUCUAGAAACCUCAGUUCCUAUACUACUCAAGUAUUGCGGGCUAUGGCGGUUCUCGGCCAUCGGUGAUUUCAUUUUCAUUCGAUUUUCAUUUUCAUUUGAUUUUGUUUUGAAAUCAUUUUUGUUUUAUUUUAAUUUUGAUUUUAUUUCUUUUUCUAUUUUGUUUACACUUUAAUUUUUAAACUAUUUUAUUUUUGAAAAUAUACAAAUAUAUAAAAAUUUGCUACGGCGGUUCUCGGCCACCAUAAAGCACUGUACAGUACAAGCAGUCAUAUCGAUUACCGAUAAAAUCCAAAGAGCAAUUGAGGAUGGUUUGUUUUCUUGUGGAAUUUUUUUGGAUCUAAGUAAAAGCUUUUGAUACUGUUAACCACCAAAUAUUAAUAACUAAACUUGAGCAUUAUGGUAUAAGGGGAAUAACAAAAGAUUGGUUUAUUUCAUACUUAGAAAAUCGAAAACAAUUUGUAUCCAUAGGAAGUUCAGUAUCCGACAAGCUUGUUGUCCCUUGUGGUGUCCCACAAGGAUCUGUACUCGGCCCACUGUUGUUUCUUCUGUAUAUGAAUGAUUUCAAUAAUAGUUCAAAGGUUUUCGAUUUUCAUCUUUUUGCUGACGAUUCUAAUCUGUUUUGUACAAACAAGAGUGUUUUGGACAUGGAACAAGUUAUUAAUGAUAAUAUUGUAAAUAUUAAUUCCUGGCUUAACUGUAAUAAACUUUCCCUUAACAUUGAUAAGACAAAUUUUGUUAUUUUUCAUCCACCUCAAAAGAAAAUUACAUCCACAAUAAAAAUAUUUACUAAUCAAGUACAAAUUAAACAAGAAACUAGUCUCAAGUAUUUAGGAAUCUAUAUAGACUGUAAUCUUAAUUGGAAAAGUCAUAUUCAACAUAUUUCGAAAAAAAUCAAGAGAAGUAUUGGAAUGUUGUGUAAAAUUCGCCAUUUUGUUACCUCGCAUGUAAUUACACAAUUUUAUUAUUCCUUAAUUUACCCAUAUUUGACAUAUGGAAUAACGUUGUGGGGAAACACCUAUAUUUCAAAUCUUAAUCCAAUAAUAACCUUACAAAAAAGAGUAGUCCGAAUUAUUACCUUUUCUAAAUUUGACAAUCAUUCUAGUCCUUUAUUUAAAAAUCUUAAUAUUUUGAAGCUCGUUGAUCUUGUUUUUCUAAACAACGCUUUAUUCAUGUAUGAUUAUCAUAACGGGAAUCUUCCUGCCACAUUUAAUAACAUAUUCAAACAGGUCACAUCAGUACAUAAUUAUAAUACCAGAUUGGCUUCUAGAAAUACAUAUUAUAUUCAUAAAAUAAGAACUAACUAUGGCAAAUUCAGUCUUCGAUUUCAGGGUCCUAAAGUAUGGAAUGAUAUUGAUGAUAAAUAUAAAACUCUUAGCAAAUCAUCUUUUAAGAAUAAAAUUGUGGAAAAUAUGAUUUUCAUUUACUAGCGCUGCCACAAGUAUUCAUGAAUAUAUACUUUUAUAAUUAUACAAAAUGAUAUAAAACUCAUUAUUUCAUUUAUUUUAUAAAAGGUCACUAGACUGGUUUAGUCUUCACUAUUUCUGGUGACCUGUGCCAUAAUAUUUAUAUUUAAAAAAAAAUCAUAUAAUGUUAUUUUACUUGGUGGUGCGAAAAAAUAAAUUAUUGUUGUUGUUGUUGUUAUUUCCAUGAUUGUAGUUUCGACAUUACCAGAGAAUAAAAUCAAUAGACUAAAUACGAUUAGUGUAAUUAUGCAUCCACACAAUAGAUUGGUUAACGACAACACACAUGAAUUGAACACCUUAUAACAUAUACAUAGUUGAAAUUACUUGCCUCAAGCUGCUAAGAAAUCGUACUAAACAAAAUAUGAAAUAAAUAAGUAUAUAGUAAUACUAUAUACUAGAAAAUACAUGCAUGCAGAAACCCUCGCCUUGCUGAGAAAACCAUUGUAUUUUCCGAACAUGAAGUAUCUAAAGUAGUUGUUAUAGUAACACAAUAAUUUUUUAAGAAUAUUCUUACAAAUGAAAAAUCGUCUAAAAAUAUCACUUUUAAUUACAAAAUUAUCAAUUUCCCAACAUAGCUAUAUUAUACGUAAUAUAAGCUUCAACGUUUUAAAGUGUUCUUUAUAAAAAAACUAAAAUAUCACUUUUAAUUACAAAAUUAUCAAUUUCCCAACAUAGUUAUGAUAUUAUACGUAAUAUGCAGGAUAUCAUGGUGUCAAAACCUAAAUCUUGCCAAUUAGACCCAAUUCCAAAAUGGCUGCUCAAGAGUUGUAUUGAUGUCCUUUUACCAACUAUAACAACCAUCAUAAACGCAUCUUUGGAACAAGGAGCUUUUCCAUUGAAAUGGAAAGAAUCUCUUCUGCGGCCUCUUAUCAAGAAAAUGUCAUUAGAUGGAGAUGAAUUUAAUAAUUUUAGGCCAAUCUCAAAUUUAGCAUUUCUCUCCAAAACACUCGAAAAGAUUGUUGCUUCUCAACUUGACACCUACUUAACAAAUCAUCAAUUAUAUGCCAAGAUGCAGUCAGCAUACAGAAUCCAUCACAGUACAGAGACAGCACUACUAAGAGUUGUGAAUGAUGUAAUGAGGGGGAUUGAUGGUCAACAAGAAUGUGUUCUUGUGUUACUUGAUCUUUCAUCAGCAUUCGACACAAUUGAUCACGACAUUUUGCUUGACAGGCUGUGUAAUCGUUAUGGCUAAAGUCUUACCUCUGUGAUCGCCCUCAGCGUGUGGUCAUAGAUGUUUCGUCACGACCGUGUUUUGCUAGCUGUGGGGUUCCGCAAGGAUCUGUUUUGGGACCAUUGUUGUUCUCUUUGUACAUUGCUCCCCUCGAAGAUGUGAUCAUGUCCCAUGGAAUAGAUGCCAUGAUGUAUGCUGAUGAUUCUCAACUUUAUAUUUUUCUGAAUCGUAAUAACCGCAUUAUCGCAACUGAAAAGUUGGAAGCCUGUAUUGACGACGUUAUGAAUUGGAUCACUUGCAAUAUGCUUAUGGGCAAUCCAUCAAAGACGGAAGUAAUUCAUUUUUAUUCACGUUACAUGAAACCCGAUUGUCCUCUUCGUCCCAUCAAAGUAGGAGGGCAUGAUGUACAACCCGUAAACAAAGUAAAGGAUCUAGGAGUUACACUCGAUUCCUGCCUUACUUUCAAAGUGCAUAUUAAUAACAUAUGUCGUUCGGCUUCACAAUCAAUACAUCAAAUUGGCAAAAUAAGAAAAUAUCUUUCACGAAAGGACACCGAAAGUCUUGUUCAUGCUUUUAUUUCGUCCAAACUUGAUUAUUGCAACGGCGUGCUCUACGGCCUUCCUUCUUGUGAAUUACAGAAGCUGCAAAGGUUACAAAACACUGCUGCCAGAUUAGUCGUCAGAGAAAGGAAAUCGGCGCAUAUAACACCGGUACUUUCUAAUCUCCACUGGCUUCCUGUGCAACAACGAGUGACUUUCAAACUCCUUUUGGUGUCUUCAAUUAAAUAAUGGCUGUAUCGAUAAACUUUGAGUUUGCAAUAAAAUUAUUUCAAAUUCUCAUAUGCAAAAAACUUUGCUUUCUUUUUUAUUUAAAAAAUUCAAUAUAAUAAAAAGGGAAUCAAUAUUAAAGAUACACUGAAAUUAUAUGCUGUUUGUUUAAUCGUUUCAUAUACGCAAAGCCAAAGGGCAUCAGGUUUUAAAGCAAUUAUAAAAUCAAUACAGCUAAUUCAAAAAAGGUUGUCUGUCGAAAACUCAAAACCUUAAACGUUAAACUAUGAGCGCGCAAUGCAUCAUGGAAUGCACAAUUUGUUUUCACAUUAACUCAGUAUUCUAGCUUUACAUGAAUGACAAAAAUUUAUAGGAGUGAAUGUAAAGGCCCUGGUUAUACGUCGCUCUGGUGUUGGGUCAAAUUCAAUUUUUGCCCGAAAAGAUAUACCAAAAAUCCAUCAAAAGAUCGUCGUAAACAUACAUUGUAAUAAUAUAAGCUUGUCUCAGAUUUAGGCCACGUUUACACUUUCGAGUCUAGUAUGUCUAUGUGUAUGACCAUACGGCAAAUAUACCAUCGCGUUUUGAUUUGCAUCCGGAGUGCCAAACAUACCACCGUUAUAGUGUAAACACAAUGCUGAGAAACUUAGUGAAGUUUUAACGAAAUUGAUUUGUAUUCAGAGUGGCAAAUGUAGUGGUCCGUAGUUAGUACGCCACAGCAAACCACGCCGUUAUAGUGUAAACACAAUACAGUCUCGAUACUAGAAACAUAGUAAAUUUUUAACGGAGUUGUUAACCUGCGUAGCGCCAUAGUGUAAACACGGCCUUAAUUAACAAUAUAUUUAUACGUCGAUUGUUGGGAGAAAUAAAUUUGACUCGACACAGGAGCGACAUAUAAACAGGGCCGUACUGUCAAAAUGCACCGUGUGUAUAGUCAUGGAUAGCUAAAAGACUUUUAACUCUUUUAACUAUCCAUGGUACAGUCACGAUUUACGAUGGAUAGCAAUUUGGUUGACGGAAACUGAAUUGGACUUUCAAAUCGAUGAAGUGAAUAUCUUUUUACCAAUGUCAAUUAAUUAAAGAAAAUGACUCCUCAAUAUUUGCGAAAUUCCGAAUGUUAGACACGACUGUUAUCGGCAGACCAUACGCUUGCGUAGCAAUAUUAUGCGUAGAAAGUUAAUGUAAAGUGUCAAAGAAUUCCCAAUGGGACUCUGAAUUUAUUCUAAAAAUGCGAGAUCAACUAAUUUAUCUGCAAAUUACUCGUUUGGUAUGACAUUGAAAUUAGUUCUAAUUAAUUCCUAUGUGAUUUCAAAGGGUCCACCUCUUUGGCUAAUUGCAUUUGCAUUUUACCUAAACAUUCAAUUUGAUACCAAACUAGUAAUUCGCUGACAUUCGGAAUUUUUCGCAUUUACUUCGCAUUCACCGCUGAGCCUGUUUCUUCAUGACCUUGUGCAGUAUUUCAGAUAGGGUAUAUCCUCUGGGCGCUGCAGCAAAACCCCCAUAACAACGAGCUCCUUGUGCAGGUGCAUUGCUACGCAAGCAUAUAUGGUCUGCCAAUAACAGCCGUGUCUGCAAGGCCCAGCAUAUGAAAUUUUCGCACAUAUCAAGAAAUCGUUUCGUUGACAUUUGUAGUAAGAUGCUCACUUUGUCGAUCUGAAAACCCAAGAUUUCGGUAAACCAAAUUGCUCUCCACCGUAAGUCUUGGCUAUACGCACACGGCAUAUUUACAAUUACCUUCACUCCUGUGGUCAUGCAAUAGUUAAUUAAUGCGAAACAAACCGUCGAUUCCCAUGAUGCAUUGCACGCUCAUAGUCUAAUGUUUAUGGUUUUGAGUUUUUGACGGACAACCUUUUUUGAAUUAGCUGUAUUUAAAACAAACUUACCUUCGUUAACGUUGGCUCCCUUCUUUUAGUCGAUUCUUUCACCCUUUCUUUCUUGAAAUUUACAAAAUCUUGCAAAAAUGCAAGCAAAAAUGAAAUAUAUUUGCAAGAAAUUUAUCAAUUAUCAUAUCAAGAAAUGUUUGCUAUUUCGCUGUCAUCAUACAGUCGUUAUAAUGCAAACUUUAAAUUGGACCAUGCAAUCACAUUGUUCGCUAUUCAUGAAGUUUACCAGGGUGAAAAAGCCAAAACAAUGCACUCGCAAUAUGGUCUUCAAAUCACAGAACUCCCAUGUGAUAAACUAGUGAAAAGGUCAUUGGCAAAAUGUAGUUGACCAUGUGAAGUCUGCUGAUGUUGUUAUUUGGGAUGAGGUUUCAAUAUAAAGUCAGAGUAUACUUGAAAUUGUUAGCCAGAUUGAUCAUAUUGUAUUAGUGUCAUAUAAGUCAUUUGGAGGUGUACAUUUUAUCUUAAUUUAUCUGGACCCCUAAUCUGGAUCCCAUUCUGGACCCCAUUCCUGACCUUUUAAAAACCAACAGGCCAGAUGGUAGGACACAACUAUUUGGAUUUCAAUAUCACGAUGAUCAAUUAAAUUCGCUUUGCUUUUUUUGACUUUCUGAAUCCUCAAUCCUGUUCAAUGCCCUAAUCAUUUAAGUCAGCGACAAUCGCAUUAUCGUAGGAAGGCACUUCAUCUUGCUUCAAAAUUUCCAAUUCCCUACUCCCAGGAGAAACCUUGAAGACAAACGCCCGGGAGGAUGGUGAUGUUUUGAAUGAUACGUAUGAUAUAAUCUCAUACAUUAAACAUUGCUGGGCAACAUUGUUAUUCCUAUUAGAAAUACUUUUUACUGCACUAGUUUUCUUGUUUCAUGUUCUUUUGAAUGGGAACAAGUGUACUUUCAGUAAACUGCAUGUUGUUCUUGUGACCUUGUGAAAUACUGUGUAAUGACAUUGUCAAUGUAGUGUCGGGUUGCUAUAAAUCAGCAAAUUACCCUGCUGCAUUUACAGCAAAAAAUGUCAACAAAUAUUGGCUUCCAAUUUAUUGCAAAUAAGCCAUGUCUUCAACAAAUGUGGGUUGGGGAGGGACUGCUUACAGCUGCGUAUGUAAUGUUUUCUUAAUUUGCAUGUAUUCUUUUGGUUCUUAAAAGGUCCAGAAAGGUAACCAGAAUGGGGUCUAGAAAGGUAUCCAGAAUGGGAUCCAGAAUCGGGUCCAAAAUGGGGUCCAGAAUGGGAUCCAGAAGGGGAGUGCACGUUUUGUCAACCCCCACAAUUUUCAACAUUGCCUUUCCUCACUGAGUUGAAUUGACAAAUAUUAUCCGGCAAGACAAUUUCCAGAAAUCUCUAGCGGUUGCACUAGAGUGUUUGAGAUAUGGCAAGUGCACUGACGAGUCAGAACUCUAUAUACAGAGCUUAGCAAAUACAAUACAAUACUAUGUGACGGAACUUUACACCUUUUCUUCAAAAGAUUGCCUGUAGAGAUCCAUAAUUUAACAUACUGCUUGGUAUUCCCUGAAGAAUGUUCUCUUUACAUACACAGGAUCAAGGGAAUGUCACCACCUUGGAUUUCACGGUUGGAAAGACUAUCAAUUUAAAAGAAGACUGCAAUGUUUUGCUGUUGUACAACAUCAGUGAAUAUUUGAGGAAUGGCACAACUGGUAAACUUGUCAAAGUUGAAGAAGAUAGCUUGACAGUUGCCUUUCCGAAAGUUGGACACAAAAAAUAGCUCAUAAAAUAUGGUAUGUGCCAUGCACAGAAAGGUACUUGGUAGCCAUACACAAUUCCCAAUCAUUCCAAGCUAUGCAGUCACUGUUCACAAAUCGCAAGGCAUGACACUGGAUGUUGCAAUAGUUCAAUGUACACUGAGUUUGUUCCAGGACAAACGUAUGUGGCAGUAUCCAAAAUGAAAAAUUAUUAUUAAGAAAUAUUUACAGAGGAUAGACAUUUCAGUAUGAACACACUGCUAUCAAUAUGUGUCCUCUUCUCCUACUAUAAAACUACUGUGCCUAUGCUAGGGUAUAAAAACUAUUAAAAACUAUUAAAAGUUAACAAGAUUAUACAUAAUAUAACUAAGUUGAACUACUGGGAAUAAUGUUCAAAAAAUGCAUUCACAUAAUAGAUCAAAUACAAUAAGAGUCCAAUGACAUCUCAAAAAAUUUUAAAUCCCCUUCAGCUCUCAUUGAGAUGAGUAGAUCAUUAUAUAUCUUUGCGGCAACAUAUCUAAAAGAUUGUCCAGCAUAUUCCAAUUUGACUUUAGGUAAUUUAACAAGCUUAGAAUUAUUCUUGGUACAUUGAUUAUGAUUGUUUGUCUCAAAAUACCCCUGAAAAUUACAGCAUACAUCAUUAUCCAAACACUUUCUUACAGUUAGACAUGCCUUCUUUUGUAUUAGUUUCUCCAACCGGGGAAUAUGUUUUUCCUCUCCAACAAUUUCAUUAACUCGAUUUUCUAUUAGAGCUAAGUUUAGCAAGUUGAGAUUCUUGUCAACGUAGGUUUAAUUGACAUACUGUAGGUUAUCAGAAGAAUCAUCAUUUCAUAGAUUUUAAAUGCGGCUUCGGGUGUUACGUAUACACACAGUUUGGACAGUAACCUCACACGGUUACUGGCUUUCUUAUACAUGAUGUUAAAAUUUUCACUAAGGGCUAAACAGGAAUCAAGAGCAUAUCCAAGAUACUUGUAUGACGUAGUGAAAUUAAUAGAAUGUCUUCUGUAUUUUACUUCCAAAUUGCGUGGUUGUAAUGAAAGUCUCUUCCCUGUGCCUAAUAACAUGAUCUCGGUUAUUGCUUUCUUAAGAUUUAUCACCAACUCGUUUUGAUAAAAAAACGUGCAAUUUCUUCCAAAUCCUGAGCAAGUACCCCCUCUAUUGCCUCCACAUCCUUUCCUGAGAAAUAUACGACAGUAUUAUCCGCAUAUUUUAUAACUCGGGAGUUAACUAGGUGGUCAGCCAGAUCAUUAUAGAACACAGUGAAAAGGGGCCCUAAAAUAGAUCCUUGUGGUACUCCACUAAAAGCCAGUUGGUAAGGUGUCAAAUUUGCACCAAUACGGACAAGUUGUUGACAACAGAAUAGAACCAGAGCAACUCAUUUCCCUUUAUUCCAUAUGCCUGUAACUUUUCAAGAAGGCCUUGCUAAGGUCUAUGAACACGGCUCCAACAAGAUUGACUUUGUCCACAUCCUUACGUAUGUCAUCAAUGAACAAGGUAGCUGCUAGACUCGUAGAUCAUCUCGACUGAUAUCCAAACUCUUUGACAGUAGAUCUUCUUUUUCAAGAAAAUUUGUCAGUUGUUGAUACAUUGCUUUCUCUAAUAUCUUAGACAAAACCAGCAGUACUGAUAUUGACUGAUACUUUUCUGGUUAAUUGUAUGAACCAGAUUUAUGUAUUGGCACUACCUUGACUACUUUCCAUAAUGCUGGAAAACAGGCCGUCUGACUGAUAAGUUGAGGAUAUGGCAGAAAGGUUGUGAAAUAUGUUCUCAGCAAUCUUUCAGCAUGCCCGGUGGUAAAUUGUCCACUCCAGUGGCUUUGGUUAUCCUCAGUUGCUUUAAUUCAUUUAAAAUGAAUAUGUUGGAAAUACACUGCAUCUUGAAAAUAUGACUUGUCUGUGAUAUCACUGUCGCUGGAUAUCUCCAUACGAAAUCAGUAAGUAAAAUUGCAUUUGAUACAUCUCACAGCAUUAGCAAAGUAUUUACUGAAAAUUUUCGCUUUAUUUUGAUUGGCAUUGGUACUUGUUUAUCAUUUUUGUCUUUGGUUGGAAAUAUGCUCUUAAUUAUGUUCCAGAAUUUCUUGGGGUUGGUCGCAUUCUGUUGAAUUAGAUCUUUGACAAAAGCACUCUUGGCAUACCAUAACUUGUUAUUACAAGAAUUUCUUAGUUUUUUGUAUGAACUCCAAUGUCCUUCAUCUUUAGUCUUACAUGCUUUUCUUAGCAUGCGAUCUCGGUCGGUCGGUCUGCCAUGCUCUUACUUAUAUCUGCGUUCAACCAAGGGCAUGGUUUACCCUUCAACAUUUUAAUCCAAUAGAUUGCACUCGAGAUAUCUUUUCUCAAAGUCUAAAAUAUCCAAAAAUGAGAAAAAUGAGUUUAAAGUCUCUUGUAUCGAAAACACUUGAUUUUUCAUACAUGUUGAAAAUCUUAAGCCUGGAUAAAUCAAUUCCUACCAUUUGUUUGGUGUUUUAAAAAGUUUUGUUACAGCUCAAAAUCCUCUAGCCUCAUGUAUGGUGCGUCAUCGGUAUCAAAAAUGUUAUUCUAUUUUAAGAUUAGAUUUUCAUAUAUCAUAUAUUUCAUAUAAUCGCAUUUCAUAAUUAUAACACUAUAAAUUUUGGAUAACAUGAUUUUUCAUAUAACACUGAUUUUUUAAUUGUGCCGACUUACCUAUAUCAUACUAUAAUAUCUAUUUACAUCCUACUGAUAUCAAUUGUCAUUUAUGUUAUAAAGAAGUGGGCAAAAAUAUUUUUUCCUUUUGAACUUGAGCAAAAUACACUUCUUAAUUUGACUAGGAUAAAUUGCUAUUUGUACAGCAGCAUGCUCUACCUCUGUCAGGAAAAGGCUUUCCACAUUAAAAUCUGGGUCUCUGUACAGUGGUCUACCACACACAAUCUUUGGUUGAACCAACACAACAUUGUAACUACUGCAGUUGCAGUAUUGGAGCUCUUCCAUAGUGCAUAAACACUCUGGCUUAAUUGUUAGAAGGCCUACAAUAAUGCCAUAUUAUGUAUACUGGCCAUGUUCAAAUGUUACAUUAUUUUUAUUAUGUAUAUUGUAGAUAUGCAAAAUUUACAAGAUAUUGUCACCCAACUAAAGCAUUCAGUGGGAACAUUGGAUCAAUUGGCUUCAGUUGGGUUAAAAUGCAAACAGUGGAGGAUUGAUGCCCCUGACACAAUUGAAGAUAUUUCUUCAGAGCACCUGUCUUCGCCAAUUGUUACUAUUGUGAAGCAAGCUUCCAGUUCUGACAGUGAACCAGACAGUGUAAGUAACUACAUUAUUAGCAUAAUAAUCUACAGAGUGUUAAGUCAGUUCAAGCCUUUUAGAAUUUUUCUGGUAUUUCUUAAAAUCUAACCAUGCACAUCUAUAGACCAAUUUUGACACCAGACAAUGACUAGUAAUUUGUUAUGGUUGGAUCUUAAACAGCCUUUCAGUUAUCUGUUUGAAGUUCUGGUUAAUAAUUUGGGUAUGACCAAUAACGUUUUGCUCUACUGAGGCUCCGACUAUUAAUUGAUGAACGAAGCCGAAGCGAGUAUGCAAAAUUUUAUUGGAAAUUUCAUGACUUAUAUGAUCAGUCAUUCUUCGAUUUUUUUUAUUCACAUGCAAAUAUCCAUACAAAUUAUCAACUACUGGAUUACUUGACCUGCCCAAUGUAUUGUGUGCUAUUACUUGGUCAGCCAUAAUCUAUUCACUUUUACACACAACUAUAUUUAUGCCAUGAAUCCACAUCCUAUUUAACUCGUAUAAAAUAACUAACCAUUUUGAUUCUAGGAUCACUGAUAUUUCUGGCCAUUGGGUUGUUCCAGAAAAGAUCCACAAUCCUCCCACAGAGAAAAUGCCUGCUGUCUGCAGGGGGAUGGGAGGAAAAAUUGUUUCUGAUAAUAUUAGUGAAUGUAUUAGGACAUCUGAAGGGGUGUUAACUUCCCAUUUCCCCCCACCUACCAUGCAGGGCUUUUGUCAUCUUCACUAAGAAGUACAUAAUCUUUAUGAUAGAAAAAUCAAGUUGAAACAGUUGGACAAGUUGAAAUUAAUUGCCAUGUGUUAUUUGCUUUCUUUAAUUUCACAGGUUAAUGCGGGCACAAUGUAAACAAUUGAUGUAAACUAAUCGCUGAUUGGCUUAAAUUAUAUAAGCUCAUUGCUGAAUGGCUAUGUGUUAACAUACGGUAACAGUAUGGUACAGUAUGUUUGCGAUAGCAUAUAGAUCUGCUUCGCAGAUACAAAAACAAUUCUUGAUAGUUUUUUUAGUAUAGGGGUAAUUGUUAGGAAAAUGUCUUUUUGGACUGCUUUGAGGCAUGUUUGUUGGUUUGUGUAUAAUAAACACAUAAAAAUUUUAAGUUCCUUGGCCAUGUGGGAAAGAAAAGAAUACUGCGAAUGCUCUAGCAGCCCGUAAGCUCGCAAAGGAUCAUAAUUAAUGUUAUAUGAAAAAUCGUGUGUUAUCCAAAAUCAGUGUUAUCCAAAAUCAGUGCUAUAUGAAAAAUCGUGCUAUAUGAAAAAUUGUGUUAUCCAAAAUCAGUGUUAUAUGAAAAGUCAUGUUAUCCAAAAUUUAUAGUGUUAUAUGAAAAAUCGUGUUAUCCAAAAUUUAUAGUGUUAUAUGAAAAAUCGUGUUAUCCAAAAUUUAUAGUGUUAUAUGAAAAAUCGUGUUAUCCAAAACUUAUAGUGGUGUUAUAUGAAAUGUGAUUAUAUGAAAUAUACGAUAUAUGAAAAUGAAAAUCUAAUCUUAAAAUAGAAUAACAUUUUUGACACCGAUGAUGUGCCAUACUUAUGUCACUCCUACUGCUUCCAGAAUAGCUUCUUUCUGUUGUUGUCUAAAUCAGUUUCUCUUCUAGGCGUCGUUUCUUCUCUUUUACAGUUGCCUGAUUUUUUACAGUUGCCUGUAAAUCAGAUAUCUUUAUUUGCUGCACAUCCUUGCAUCACAAACUUGUUUUGUUUUACCCCCAACAUGAAUGGACAGCUGCUUCAUAACACCAAGUCGACUCUGCUCCAAUAUGGAAGUGGGAAACAGCAGCAGCUACAGCACAUCGCACUGCUUUGCAGCCAUGUUGUUUAUGCUUUGGAUACCUAGCCCAAGCUAGAGCAUUCAAACUGCCAUUUUGGUUUUCAGUGGUGUCAAGAACACACCUUUGAAGCAACUCUGUUAGACUAAGAGAAAUGACCCACACAUCCGAUUUCAUCUUCCAAAGUUAAAUUUCCUAAACAAAUGUUCAUUAGCAUUUUUAAAACUAUUGACACAUAUAUGUACUGUAUAUUGUAAUUGUUUACAUCAUCAUAAUCUAUUCAUUUUUACACAUAACUAUAUUUAUGCCAUGAAUCCCACGUGCUAUUUAACUCGUAUAAAAUAACUAACCAUUUUGAUUCUAGGAUCACUGAUAUUUCUGGCCAUUGGGUUGUUCCAGAAAAGAUCCACAAUCCUCCCACAGAGAAAAUGCCUGCUGUCUGCAGGGGGAUGGGAGGAAAAAUUGUUUCUGAUAAUAUUAGUGGGGUAUACAUAAAGUGCGAGCCAGCGAGCCAUGCCGAUGUUGUGAGCCACUCGAUAUGUGCGAGCCAUGUGCAAUAAAGAAAUUUGAGAAAUUGGUCUCCGCCAAAUGGAAGUACUGAGUACGGACCACAUGGUACGGAAUGGUAUGGACGCUUCCUCUUCGCUGUCUCCUCGGUUAUACUAAAAAGAAAAUCAAUCUCUUCUUGUCGCGUUUAAUUGCGGUUCAAUCAAGUCACUCAAGGUAAAGUCACUCAAGCUAAAGUUGCGGUUUGUUGAUUCAAAUAUAAUUUCUGCUAAAAUGUUUUAUUAAUGAGCUUCUUUCAUUUUCUAAUAAUUUAUUUAUUAUGCAAAAUUAAUUAAGAUGAACAAUAGGCGCCUUCAGUGUUUACUCGAAGCAAACAAGCGUGGAUUCACUCUUGACUUGGAUCCUUCUGGAGAAAAUAAUAGAUGUUUUUAUCAGUGUCUUGCACAACAUCUGAAGAUAGAGGAAGACAACGUUGUGGAUAUGAUCCAGUCGUACAUGGCAGCAAACCAAACAGUGAGCAAUAAAAACAAGGUGAUUAUAUUAAAAUAUAUUAGCAAGGUGAUCAUAUUAUUAUAUAUAUAUUUAGCAAUUUGGAUGUCCGAAUUUUAAAAAAAUUCAAAAACAAAUUUCUUUUUGCCUCUAUUUUGAACUCUCCUUCCCAUUGUGAAAUUGGCAUUUUGAACACUUUAUAAUAUAUCUAAUGCAGUAGUCAUUUGAAACCCCGACCCCCACCCCCCUGUCUUUAACAACCAUUUUAACGCGUGCAUGUGGAGUCUGGGAACUAAUAGAUAUCACACUUUUUAUGGUCCAACAUGGACGUUCAAGACAACUUUCAGAGGAUCUUUUCUUAUUCAAUAUUCCUUUAUUUUCUAAUUUCUACUGUGAAAAUCAGAGGAAAUUGAACAUAAAACCUUCAAUUUCAUCCCGGGGAGCAUGUUUUUUUUAAGUCUUUAACAACUGCAGGAAUGGUAUUUUUAGCUGGGUUUUUAAUGUUCCUAAAAUGUUAAAAUCCCCGCAUGGUCCCAGGGGCCGGGGUUUCAAAUGACUGGUGCAUAAUUCUUUCAAUGAUGAAUUCAACAGUGUCGUGAAAUAAUAGCUUUCUGCAUUUAUAACUCUCCUUUUCUAUACAAAAAGUUUGUCCCAUUGUUGCAGUAACACAUUUGCUUGUCUCCUAAGUAACACAUGUGAUUGUUUUUAAUAGCUAAUUUAACCCAUUAAGCUGCAGAGCUUCCCCACUGAAAAUCCAUCAUUUGGCCGGACAUCUUUCGUGAAUGGCCCCCAAGUAGAUCCCAUAUAGAUUGCAUAUUGUCAUUUGGCUAGUACUUUUCACAUAAUUUUGUGAUUUAGGAUGGAACAAUUGAUAAACAAAACCUGUUGGAAUUUCUAUCAGAUGCUGAUUUUCCAGCUACUGGGAAACGUCCAUGCACAUGGAAGGAAUCAGUCAUAGCAUUAAGUAAUGAAAUGGCAAAUCAUGUUGUGAUACGUUGUGCUGCAUCACUGUUUUGCAUGAAUAUAAAUAUAAUGGAUUGGGAAGGGGUAAGUGAUCAGCUUAUAUGAUAAACAGAAUAUUUUAAUGUAAUUUAAAAUCGAUAUAGCUACCUACUUUAGCAGACUAGAUUACACUGAAAUUACAUAGAUUAAAUUUUGAUCAAGGCAAGAAGAACAAAAUCCAUCACCACAGCUAGAACGAACAUGUUAAUAUUAGUAAAAUUGCAGAGUUCAGUUGCAAAAUGUUGUGAAAUAAGGAAUAUACAGUAUAUUCCUCUGAUAUUUGCAAAUUUUGUAUCAAUUUGUAUUACGCACAGGGAUAAUGCAACAUUUUCGACCCAAAUGUGGUGCAUUUUCCCACGCGUAAUACAAAUUGUGCAAAUUUCGCAAGGCUAUAUUUUCUGCAUUUUACAACUUUUCGUAGCCAAACUUUGCAAUUUUACCGACUAUUUUUAACAUUCUCUUUCUAGCUGUGGUGAUGGAUUUUGUUCGUCUUGCCUAUAUCAAAAUAUAGUCUAUAGCUGGAAUCAUUUAUUGAUCGCAAGUUAAAAAUUGAUACCAAGUAAUGUUAAACACUUGCCAUGGAUAAGAGAUAAAAAUUGGGUAAGGGGUGUUUGCUGGUAAUGAAUGUAAUUUAUAUAUUCACAAAUACAACUAACUGUCUACAUGUAAUAUUGAUCUAUUUACAGAGAAUGACAGUCACAAACCCAUUUGUUUGGCAAGGUAUUCAUGAUGUCUACCUUGCAUAUACUGGAUCGCAUUAUAUGCUAUUAACCCAGAAAACAAGUUGCAACACAUCAGAACACAAAGGUGGAUGUCAUGUGCGUGGGCAAGGUAUACUACAUAAGUGCAGUAUGAAUGAAUGAAUUUAUUAUAGCAAAGUUCUGUUGGGGGGGGGGGGCACCUGGGAUGAAGUAUUUAUAGUACUGUAUAUAUAAUGUAUAUGUUUGCAACAGAGGGACCAAUUUACAAAAUCGUUACAACUUAUGACAAUGAUUUGUUGAUCAAGAUUUGGGACUAUAUACAGUAAAGAUAUGUUACUUUUUGUUCCAGAAUGAUACAAAUGUUAGACAUAUACUGUAUACAAAAAUCAUUUUGGGCCUUGCAACACUUUCACAAAUAUUUUUGUGGUUAAAAAAGAUUUCAAAAUUAAGGUUGUGCAAAUAAAAACCCUAUAUAACUUAUGACUACAAUUAAAAGUUCUGUUGACAUUUUCCUAAUUGUUUCAAAUACAAUCAAUACAGAGAAUAUUAUUUUUGUUUCUUUUGUUGAACAUACGGUAUUACAUGUUAUUAUUAAACUUUUAGCAAAGAGUGAAAAGCACCGAGGGGCAAGACAAUUUUGCAGUACUGGUCCUGAAGAGUAUAACCCUGGCAUUAGUGUUUUUAAAGGAAGGCCAUUGAAGGUAGCUUGAUCACAUAGCUAGAAAAUACUAUUAUAUUAGUUAAUAUGACCUCCCUAACCUUAUGUUAAUGUUCCUCUUUUAACAAAAUAUGUUCUAUUUUUAUUAAAGUUUGAUGAUUGUGGCCAUCAAUUUGUUGGUUCUUCUUCUGAUGAAAGUCUUAGUGAAUCUAAAUCUGUAAGUUGAUCACUCAGUGUGGCAUGUGGCAGAUAUAUGUCGCAGUUAUGUAAAAUAUCUGCAAAGUAUACUGUAUGUACAAAAGUAUCUGUCACAUAUAUCUCUUGUCGUAUAGGAAUUUGGCUCAAAACAGAUUUGUCACAGUUAUAAUUAGAUUAUCAACCAGGCAGAUAUGUCAGUAUGUCACCAAAUUCACCUACUUUGACUAUACUGUAUAUACUGUACAUCCAGACAUUUACUCUGUUAGAGUUACUUAUACAAAGUUACUGUUACAGUAGUUUGUAUAUUUACACUGUUUUGAGUAAUUAUUUUUUAUGUACUAUUUAAUUAAUAAACGAGCUGCAACGUAACCUAAUAAAACACGUAGUGCAAAGCAGUGGCGAAGCUGAGGGAAUUCGACUAGUCAUGCUCUAAGACCUGCACAGGCUAGGGGGGUCCGGGGGCAUGCACCCCCGGGAAAAUUUUGAUUUUCGAAGUCUGGAAUGGCCAUUUCCUGCGAUUUCAGGGUGAAAUUCAUGCAAAGAAAGCACAAAAAAGUGUGAUAUAAAGAGGAAAAUUCUUAAUACUUUUUGUUUUUGAAAUUUGUAUUUCCACAAAAUUUAAUUUUAUUUCGCUAUAUAUUUAAACUUAUCUGCAAAUGACGCUCAAUAUAGCCAAUAUUGGCAGAAGAAAGAGGAUAAUAUUGUAUGUGUACAUUUUAAUACCCUGCUGAGUGCUGUAAUAUGAUCUUUCAUUUGGAAUUGCGUAAAGGUCAACUGUAAUGUACAGUGUCUACAAGGACCUUGUAAAUCUGAAGCAGAAACCUAAUGUUGAAAGAUACUUUGUUUAGAUAUUUGGUAUAUCUGUAAACCUCAAAAUAUAUAAGCACUCGUGAAUAAAGCAAAUGAACUGGUAGUAAAUAUAUUUAUAUCAAUAGGAAAGGCCUUCACAAAUCUUGUUUAUAUUCGCCAAUGUUAUAAUACAGUAGAAUACACAAUCGAGUCUGUUCACAUGCAUUUCGUGAACUAAAAUAUCUUGUUAGAAGCCAGAAGGCCUUCCUACUAUUCACUCGAUUGACGUUGGUCAAUUUCCAUAGAUACAUAACCAAGAUCACUUGAAUAAAUCUCGAUAGAAUUGCUGAAUAAUUUACGGCAUUUAACUUGGUCGUGCUUUCGAAGAUGAGCAUGACCAGAAGAUAAAAUUCGGCGAGAUACGCAUGCGCGAGGAGCAAUUUAGCCAAUAGAAUGCGUUGGAAUUGAUAAUUUAGUCGUGCUGGCCUGACGAGAGCACGACUAACGGGCGGGUUACCCAUUAGUCGUGCUAUUAACCUGCGGUCGGGUGAAACUACGCAAUCAUACCUUGAAUUGGUUUAAAAUCAUGGCAAAAUCACCGGAUUUAAAGGGAUUUCGCACUUAAUAGAUGAUGCAAGUGUACGACGAAUCAUUUUUAAAAUUUUGGGGGAAUUUUUUUUAAGACUAAAAAAUUCUUUUCUUUGAAAAAAUUUUACUCGUGCUCAGCAUGACUAGCACGACCUCUAGCUUCGCCACUGGUGCAAAGCCUAUAAUAAAACAUGUGCAAGUAUAUUAAGUACUGUUUAAUAAACGAGCAGGAGUGUUUUAUUAGGUUUCAAGCCACGGUACGGUGGCUUGAGAACUAUAAUAAAACACGACCUGCGAGUUUAUUAAAUGGCUUCAAACACGACUACAAAUUCAAUAGAUAUACUGCCUUAUUAUUAGUAUUCUUUAUAUAAAGAAUACUAAUUACGAGUGUUUUAUCAGGUUUAAAGCCACUGCAUGUGACAUAUUAUGGUUGACAUGAUUUGCCAAUAAGCAUAUGAAUUAUUAAUGAGUGUUUGAACAGCUUCAAAAACAUCUUCAAAAAUAGUAAAGAACACUAAUGUGGAUGAGAACACUAAAAAAUACGGAUGAGCUUUUAUAUAAAUUAUACUAGUUUUGUUAGGAGUUUUACAGUAUACAGGUAUAAAGCAACUUCAUGUGAAAUAUAAAAUAUUUUGUUGCCAUGAUUUUCCAAAAUGCUUAGGAAUUAUGCAGGAGUUUAUGAAGCUAGUGUUUAACCCAUUGAGUCACAUUGUGCUAACCCCAACCCUAGCGCCCGAUGCACCCUACUUUGUUAUUUUACUCUGUCUCUGUCUAUAUGCCAGCCGGAGGGAGAGCGCUGGUGCUUAAAUGGGCUAAAGUAUAAUAAUUUUCAAAUAUGUUUUUUCCCUUUUUCAUUGCAAGGGGAGUGAAAUACCUGUAAUUGAAAUAAACACUUCAAGUGACGAAGGAAGUGAUGUAGUUUCUAAAAAACGAAAAUCCAGAAAGCGAAAAAGAUGUAGAACAAUUUUGAAAGUAAGGAAAUAUAAGAGAAACAGGAAAUGAUGGUGUGUGACUUUUAAUUGUCCACAGCCCAUUCUGGCAUUAAAAUAAUCUGAAAUUCAUUUUUUAUUAGGAUGACAGUUCAAUGGAUAAACUUAGUGUUAUAAUGAGCGGUUUGAGCUCAGCUGAGACUACGCCAGCAAAGAAAGUAAAAUCUCCGAAUACACGCAGUAGUCCGUGUACUAAAAAAUUGUUUUCAGAAGAUGAGUAAGUCUUUUAAGCUUUAUACUGUACUGUAAAAUUAAGAACAGUUGUUUUCAAAUCACAAGAAAGCUUUAUUUCUGAAAGUCAUGAGUGACCUUAGCCUUGUCUCUGCAUGGCCUUUCCGCAUGCGGCUGGAUCGGUUUUGAACCGCGGGAGAAGGCCUACAGUAUAGCACAAUUCGUUUAUUAUGAAUUUCUAAAAGUAACCUUACCCGAAUUUUCAGUAGUCGGUGCUUGUACUUCCUUCCAAAUAUCUAAAUAUCCUCCUUGCUCAUCCCAAAAACAAAAGCAUAAAUUCGUUGAAAACAUCGCUAGAAAUACCCAGAACUGGAAUGGCAAAUACGGUUCACAGAAGGACAAAUUUGCGAAUUGUGCUAGGCCUUCUCGCUAAAUCGACUUGCUUCCAAAUACCACUUCCCAUUUCUCCCGUAAUUUGCAUACAAUAUAUAGGUUUUGCACCACGUUUUUCAAUCUUUAAUAUGCAACCCAUAUUAGCAUGUAUUCAAAGGUUCUGUACAGAUCUUUCUGUUGUAGCUCUGUCUCUGUUAUUUAAGCAAUUUGUAUCAUACUGUUUUCCAGAGAUGUGACAUUUGUACAAAGAGGCAGUCGGUCGUACCUUAACCAGGAUGAAGUUGAUUUAAUGGAAACGUUGAACGUGACAGCAGUGCCUCCAACACCAGUUGGGCCUGUCAAGUAUGCUGUUGACUACAAUGAAAAAGAUCCGUUGGCAGCAGUCACUGACAAUUGGAAUUGGGACUGUGCGCAACCUUGCAAAAGAAAGGGGUUUUGCAGUGAAGGACGACGGACCUCACAAACUUGCCGUUGGCUCCUUGGUAUGUUCCAACAAAAUAUGUCCAUACAGAAAAAUUUACCAUUGCUCCAAUAAGAUGGAUUUUAACAGGGCUAAAAAAUGUAUCCACUGUCAAGAAAUUGCCGAAGUUAUUGCGUGCUCGGCAAGAAAAUAUGUGGAGAAUGACCGCUGUCAUAAAGAAAUGACAGUUAUUUAUAUUGGCAAACAUAAUUGUAAUCCACGAGUAAAAGAGAAAAAACCAAGCAAAAAGGAUGUUGAAGACAUUCUCCGUACAAGACCAACGAUAACUACUGGGCAGAUUCAGAUCGAUACAGUAAGAGAAGUUUUGCUCAGUGGCAAGGAUGCACAGGAGGUACAUGAUCUGGCUAUGACAUACAGCAACAAAACACAUCUGUCAAAUCUUCGCACUUCGAUUAACAAUAAGGCUAGACCAGGGGGUUCAGACAUAGAAGCUGUCCGACUUCUGCAAGAUGAUUUCACAAAACGAGGACUCGACAAAAAUUUGAUUUUAAAAGUUGGUGAUGACUUUGUUAUUCUUUCCUCGGAGCACAAAUUGCGACUAGGAGCGUUAAUAACACUCGGACUUGUCGAGGAACCUGUCAGUCUUGACGGCUGCGAAAGCCACGCAAAGGACUUUACUGAGGUCGAAAUGACAACUUAUUACCCAGUUUUACGAAGAAAUGUCAAACUAGUAAGUUUGUUCGCUCCGAAACCAGGCGAAAACUCGGACAAUGUUGCAGCCCAUGGUCAGUACCUUUGAUGAUGAAGUAAAUAAGAUUAUUCCGUCAGUUGCACACGAAUAUGGGAUUGAUCCAGAACCCUACAUUGGUAUUGGCCUUGAUCCUCACUCUUACGUUGGAGACGAAGGUGGAGCGCUCUGGAGUGGUCUUUGUAAAGCAAAGGGCGAUGGUGUUAAAAGUAAGACCAUUUCAGACGCGUUCCAUGUAAAGCAAGAUAUUCGUCGGCACCUAAAGUAUUUCAAAAGUAAGAAGGAUCAAGAAAGAUUCCAAAGCUUGAUGUCUGAUGCAUGCAAGUCGCCUACGUCCAUUCAGGCGGAUGAAGCCGAGAAAGCAUUAGAUGAUUUAAUUCGAAAGAAGUCAACUGAUCCUGUCAAAAUGAGCAACUUCAAAAAGUGGUGGUGGCGGAGACGUGCUAGAUGGCAGCAGUGGUGUAAAACAAAUAGUGCAUCGUCUGCUGAAGUUGCCAAUGCCAAGUCUCUUAGUGCAUCAGGCUUUCGAAAACGACUUUUAGAUGUGGUUACAACAGAGUGCUCCGCUGCUAUCCUUGAAGCAGCUGAGAUAAAAAGGCAACUGGCUUAA